AUGGCCCUUGGCAAGUUGAAGCGUGGAGCAGUCUCAUCCACGGCCGCCCUCUUUGGUCUCCAUCGUGACACCGUCUCCAAGUCGUGGUCCAACUGCUCGAUGCCAUCGGCCAAGCUUGGCCGUGUCGAUCUGAACGUUCUUGAUCUGGGCUUCUUUGCGUCGAUCCAGUCGCUACAGCAAAAGGCCAUUAGUCGCACAGUGGACGAUAUCAUCCGUGCCACGCUUGCAGCGUUUGGCGACUUGGACUCCAUGAAGCUGGAGAAAGUUUUCCUUACCUUCCAGGCUGUUAUGCGUAAGGAUGUCUUGCGUCGCGCCGAGACCCCUGUGGUCAACGUGUACUGCCCUACGUCACUUUUGCUCUGA